AUGAUCAAGGCUCGCGUAUAUCAGGAAAAUAAACCGAAGAAUUUGGUGGAGUUAAGAGCAAGAAUUGAAGAGGAGUGUGCACGAGUGACGCUUGGAGAAGUUAAACAUGCUGUGUCUCACAUCUCAUACUGCCUCCAACUUGUUAUAGAAGAAAGGGGCGCUGUAACACCCUUUCGGUGCCUAGCUGCCAUGCACGAGGGCUGGGAUACUGCCAGGUCGCCCAGGCCUAGACAGGGGAAGUCGAGAGGCAGAGGUCGGAUUCGAACCACGGACCUUCCGGCCAGUAAAUUCGCGCUCUUAACCACUUGGGCCAUCUCGCCCCCAGUCAAAAUGUUCACUGACAACUUACCCAAGAGGGAACAGCCACGACAUCAGCUGAUCGAUGAUGGUAGUUGA